UAAUUUACAAAUGAUUACUCAAUCAAUGUUGUUUAAUUGUCAUUGGAAUUCUCAACUGAGAGAUAAUGACUUUUUAUUACUGAAUCCAAAGCUAAAUUCCAAUGUUUCUCAUACAGCACAAUAUAAUCGAUUAAUUCAGUUUAGAUUAUUACUAAUUGGAAGUGUACGUGAUAGCAGUUCAAGAAAUCAGUUACUCAAUGGUUAUCCUGAGCACUUCCUGACUACUAGAAUAGUAACGCUCGCGGGGGCGGGUCGGUAUUUAAGGAGAGAACACUUUCCCUCCUGCUACCAUAACGAAACCAUGGAUCAACGGUGGACGUUAUUGCAGGUGGUCCUGCUGUCACUGGUGUCUGUAGCAUUGUGUCAGACAAACUUCCAGACCUCUCAAAGGUUUUCAUCCCCCACUCAAACUCAGCACUAUCAGCAAGAUCAGCAGUAUCAGCAAGGGCAGCAGCAGUUCCAGUCUGACGUCCCCAGGUUUAGCGCACCAGCCAUACGUAAACCUGUAGUGACCGGUCAACAACCGCAGUUGAGACAGCCUACACGCACCCAGCCUGCGCUGAGACAGCCACAGAGGCAGCAGUUUGAGCAGCAAUACCGACCUCAGCCUGUUCAACCUCAGCCUGUACAACCUCAGCCUCAGCAGCAAGUGAUAUCGCAGCAGCAGUUUUUUGACCAGCCCCAGACCAAUACUCAGCCCGGACAUUUCCUGAACGCUCAGCCUGUCCCCGUGGAGACCCCCAGGAGACCACAGACCAAUGUAGCUCCUGCUCCUGUGAGGAACCUGGACACCGUGGGGUCGACCAUCGGCCAGAACCUGAAGCCCAAGUCCAAGAGCACCUACGAUGCGGAACUGAUUCGUCAUCAAGCGGAGAACGCCAGGUACUCAUUCUCUGCUGCAGUGUCCGAUGGCAUCAGUGAUAACGAGCACAUCAGAGAGGAGACCAGGGACGGACUCAAGCUGAAGGGAGUCUACUCGUACUCGGAUGGAUACUUCAAGCGAACUGUCCAUUACCAGGCUGAUGAGAAUGGAUACAGAGUUGUCAAAGAAGAUGUGGAACCAAUUGGAGAUGGGCCCCAGGUGAACCCGUACAAUGGAAGGGCUGAAGUGUCAUCCAACAUCGAGGGUAACGUACUGCAAUACUCAGUCACUCCUGAUGACUUCUACAACCGACAUCUUCAUCAGCAGCAACAGACUCAGAGCGGCAAGAGAACUCAGCAGCAACAGCAGCACGCUACUCAGCAGAUAGAGCAGCAGUUCUGAUUGGCUGCUUCUAAACCUCCCUUACUUACAAUAACUCAGUGUGAUAUAACGAUUUGACUCAACAUUACAAAGUGUAAAUAUAUUGUAAUUUCAGUACAAAUUUUCUUUCUGA